UCGGAAAAUAUUUUAUUUUAGGCAGAAUAAUGUCUGAAUUUACUGAUUUAGUUUCAAUUUGUAAUGAAACGGAUAUUAAUAAUGACGAAGUCAAAGAGUAUAAUUUUGACGAAAACAACAAGCUGUUGUUAAUACGUCAAAACGAUCGAAUCUGGGCCAUCGGAGCAACGUGUCCACAUCAAGGUGCGCCUUUGGUUAGAGGCAUAUUAGGACAUGGACGCAUUCGUUGCCCACGUCAUGGUUCUUGUUACAAUAUUAGGACUGGCGAUAUAGAGGAUUUUCCGGGUUUGGAUUCAUUACCAACGUAUCCGGUUGAAAUAGCUACAAACGGAGUGGUUCAAGUGCGUGCGAGAAUCAAGGAUCUUAAUAAGAUACGGCGCACAAAGGAAAUGGUAGAAUACAUUAAGUCUGACGAACGUAUAUUUUUGUUAGUAGGCGGUGGAGUUUCAACGGCUACAUGUGCUGAAACAUUACGUCAAGAGGGCUACACAGGACGCAUAAUAAUAUUGUGUCGUGAGGACUAUUUACCUUACGAUCGUGCACCACUCUCAAAAGCAUGGCAAGGAGAUAUAACGGAAUUAUAUUUCCGCGAUAGCGAUUUUUAUGAGGGCAAUAAUAUUGAGGUAAUAUUGGGAGUGGAGGCAAUUAAAUUGGACACAGCCAUGAGAACGGUUAGCUGUUCCAAUGAUCAACUAAUUACGUACGAUAAACUUUUCAUUGCGACUGGUUCAAAGCCAACUAGAUUGCCUGUCAACGGUAAUGAUUUAAGAAAUGUAUUUUACAUACACGAUUAUAGAGAUCUCCAAACAAUAAUGCAUGUGUUAAAAUCAAAAACGAAUUUAGUAUGUGUAGGAGGGGGUUUCAUUAAUUUGGAAUUUGUUUCCUCUAUAGUUACCAAAGUAAAAUCGAUUGUGCUGGUUAGCAAUGAGAAAUAUCCUCUAGAGAGCACUGUCGGCAGUGAUGUCGGUGAGCGUUUAUUGCAAUUAUACCGCGAAAAGGGUGUACAAAUGAAAAUGGAAAGUAGAAUUAAAGAAAUAUUAAGCGAGGAUGGAGUUAGAAUCUCUGAAAUCAGAACAAGCGAUGGUUAUAAGUAUCCGUGCGAUGUAUUAAUCAUUGCUGUGGGUGUAGUGGCUAAUACUGCAUGGCUAAUCGACUCGAGCUUGCCCAUAAAUGCUGAUGGCACAAUUGAUACGGACAUGCAUUUAAUGACGCUGGUGCCCAACAUCUAUGUGGGCGGUGAUAUUGCCAAUGCACCACUCUUCUCGAAUGCCAAUCAAAGACAAAAUGUUAAACAUUUACAAGUAGCACAAUAUCAUGGUUAUGUGGCUGCUAUAAAUAUGGCUGGUACUAUAAAAGACCUACGGGCAGUGCCUUUUUUCAACAUACACCUCUUUGGUGCAACGUUUUCGCAUGCUGGUGUUGGUAGUAUAAGUGAAACUUCCAUAUACGGUGAUUUAAAACGUUUAAAAUAUCUGGCAUAUUUGUUCGAUCGCGAUGGCAACGUCACAUGUGUUAACACUUGCGGUUACGAUGCUACGGUGGUUAACUUUUGUGAAUUGCUGUCACAAGGUAAACGACUGCAUCGUUCUGACGUAGUAGACAAGUCCAAUCCGCAUCAAUGGAUGGAACAUUUGCUCGAUACGCGACGUACACGUUGUGGCUGUUAAAAUUUUAACUUGUUGCUCAUAUUUAACGCUUUAACCAAUUGUUCUUCAUUCGCAUUCAGUCGUUUUGGUUUUUUGCUGCUAUCCAUACGGCUGUGUAAAACAUGCAAUCAAUAAACAGAAUUCAUUAUUUAAACAAAUAUUGUACUCAUAUGUAUUUAAUUUGCUAAAAUACUGUAAUAAUUAUGAAA